CUUUUUGGUCGGCCCCUUCAGUCCACUAUUUUUGCUCUUUUGGUGCGUGAUUGGCCGCUUUAUCACCACCGCGAAUUCUUCACCUCCUCCGCCUCCAUAUAUCCCCACUUUCUUGUUUCUUCCUCUCCAUCGCCUCCCACCUCCGCCGUUGCAUACCUCACCUCUUCCCCGCGCUUUUUUUUUCUGAGCUAAAACGCAGGAAUUCACUCAGACCUUUCAACAAACAGUUGGUGGGCAAUACGAGCUUGCUUGAUUAGUGUGAAGGAUGGACGCAGCUGCCAUUUCGAUGAGUGGUGUCUCUUCAUCGCUCUUCUGCAAUUCGAAAUACCCUAAAUCGAACCCUAAAUUAUCCUCGCCACCGAUUGUUAGAUGCAUCAAUUCGCAGAGCUGGCAUCUUAAUUCGUGGUCUCCACUGAAAUCGAUUGCAAGAACCGAUUUUGCUUGCUCCGCCGUGACCUCCGGCGGCGAUACGCUCACCGCCGCGGCCGCCGCUAAAGCGAAGGUGCAGAUCCUCGUCGAGGAGUUCCAAUCGAUAAACGAUCCGGUCGAGCGCGUGAAGAGGCUAAUUCACUACACGGAGAUCCUCCCUCCUUUCGGCGAUUCGAUGAAAAUCGCGGACAAUCGCGUUCCCGGAUGCACGGCGCAGGUGUGGCUGCAUGUGGAAAUGGACGACGGCGGCAGAAUGAGGUUUUUGGCGGAGAGUGAUUCGGAGAUAACAAAGGGAUUCUGUGCGUGUUUGGUGUGGGCGCUCGACGGCGCCACAGCGGAGGAGGUUUUAGCCUUCAAAGCUGAGGAUUUCGGAGCGCUGAGCGUUGCGGGUUUGAAUGGGGGAAAAGGUGGAUAUUCGAGCAGCAGAUCGAAUACUUGGCAUAAUGUGCUGAUAAGCAUGCAGAAGAGGACGAAAGCGUUGGUGGCGGAGAGAGACGGCCGCCCCCGCGGCGAGCCGUUCCCCUCAUUGAUUGUGACUGCUGAUGGAAUUCAGGCGAAAGGAAGCUACGCUGAAGCUCAGGCUAGAUUUCUGGUUCCGGAUCAGGUAAAAGUUCAAGAGCUAGUGAAUUUGCUAGAGGAGAAGAAGAUUGGUGUUGUUGCUCACUUUUACAUGGACCCCGAGGUUCAAGGCGUUUUAACUGCUGCGCAGAAGCUCUGGCCUCAUAUUCACAUAUCUGAUUCACUUGUCAUGGCGGACUCUGCUGUCAAUAUGGCUAAAGCUGGCUGCAAAUUUGUAACUGUUCUUGGUGUAGAUUUCAUGUCAGAAAACGUUCGUGCAAUCCUCGAUCAGGCCGGGUUUCCCGAGGUAGGGGUAUACAGGAUGUCGGAUGAGCGCAUUGGAUGCUCCUUGGCUGAUGCUGCAGCAAGUCCAUCAUACAUGGAUUACCUUGCGGCAGGUGCAUCUUCUGUUUCUUCUCCCUCUUUGCACGUUGUGUACAUUAAUACCUCACUUGAGACAAAAGCCUACACUCAUGAAGUAGUUCCAACGAUAACUUGCACGUCGUCUAAUGUCGUGCCAACCAUUCUACAGGCGUUUGCAGAAAUUCCAGAUCUAAAUGUAUGGUAUGGACCUGACACCUACAUGGGUGCAAAUAUCAUGGAAUUGUUCAGACAGAUGACUGAGAUGAGUGAUGAAGAAAUUGCCAGUAUACACCCAAACCACAACAGCAGAUCUAUAAAAUCUUUAAUGCCCCGUCUUCACUAUUUUCAGGACGGAACAUGCAUUGUUCAUCACCUCUUUGGUCAUGAAGUUGUUGGCAAAAUAAACGAGAUGUACUGUGAUGCGUUUCUGACUGCACAUUUUGAAGUUCCCGGUGAAAUGUUCGCCUUAGCAAUGGAGGCAAAACGAAGAGGGAUGGGAGUGGUGGGUUCCACUCAAAAUAUAUUGGACUUCAUUAAAGAGAGAGUACUAGAGGCAUUAGAUAGAAAGGUCGAUGAGCAUCUCCAGUUUGUCUUAGGAACCGAAUCAGGAAUGGUGACCUCAAUUGUUGCUGCAGUACAUGAGCUCUUGGGAUCCCGGACACCCCAAAAUGGAGCUAAAGUGAGCGUAGAGAUAGUCUUUCCCGUCUCAUCAGAGUCGAUAACUAGAACACCGGGCUCAUCACUGGAACUCCCAAUAAUACCUGGAGCUGCAAGUGGAGAGGGCUGUUCUCUUCAUGGAGGCUGUGCAUCGUGUCCUUAUAUGAAGAUGAAUUCUCUUGAUUCACUUCUCAAAGUUUGCCACAAUUUGCCUCGCAACAAAGAUGAUCUUUCGAUGUAUGAAGCUGGGCGGUUCAGUCUGCAAACCCCAAACGGGAAGCUGAUUGCAGACGUUGGCUGCGAGCCCAUUCUACACAUGAGACAGUUUCAGGCUACAAAGAGAUUGCCGGAGAAGCUAGUCCAGCAGAUCCUCCACAAUCCUCACAGCGGAAGAUAAACCUUGCAGCAAAGCAAAGAUCACAUGCCGAUCCAUUUGAAAAGUGGGCAGACGCGGAGCUGAUGGUCUUUUGGUAAGAAAAUCCGCGUCAAAAGGAACCUUACACCGCAAGUCCUGAUGGAUCCGUCAUCCACAUUAUACACAACUUCAAUGUUAUGGAUGCUCAACAUAAUUUAUUUUGUUUUUCGUUUUGGAAUUGAUAUUUACAAUAGGAUGUUAGAAUUAGUGGUGUUCCUUGAUUGUUCUUUUUAUAUCUUGUAACUCUACAUUCUAGAUAUGUUGUUAUAGAAGGAUUGUGAUGUUAGUUUGUGACCGUGGAAAGGAACAGCUCCAUUUAAGAAUAAAAGCUCCAUAAUAUUGCUUGAGGAA